UGGAAGGAUAAUUUAAUGAAGAAUGCAAUGCAAUAACUUUUAUGAAGGAUUAUUUAUUACAACAGCAGUCAUAAAGAAAAAACGUGAAACACAUAGAAAAAAUGAGAUAUACAAUACUUAGUUGAGUAACCUUUGGUUUUAAUUACGGCCUUACAACGCCUUCCCAUGGAGUAAACCAAGUUUUUUAGUUCUGCAGCUGUAAUAAUGUGAAACCAAGAUUGAAUUAUUGCCUCUAUUAAUUGGGUUUUAAUCCUGGAUUGCUUCUGACAAACAAGUUUCUUUAGUUGGCUCCACAUUUCAAACCAUGUUCAUGGCAGCUUACAACAUUUUAAAAAAUACAUAACCGCAACAUAACAAUAGUAGUCGUAAACAAUAAAUGAAACAUUAAAAAAAAUACAACCCAACUGAAAAAUUUCCACAUAUAUCACAAGAUCCAACAGCAACAACCCUCCCAACAACCCCCCCCCUAAACAACAGCCCAGCCUAGGAGUCGGUUCAGCAGCCUCAGCUUUUGUAGUUGGUCAGUCAGGGGGGCCUCCCCCCAAACAAGCUAAGUGGGAAAAGCCUGCAAUCUGUACACUUCUUAUGUUUGCUAUGAUUGCUUUGCUACACCAUUGCUCAUUUCCACCAAACGGAACAAAACAAAACGCCCACUCACCAAAAAACUAAAGCCCACAUGAAUGCUGGUAUCUGGCAUCAACCUGAAGUAUAUGUGAGUGGUUACAUCACAAAGAAGCAGAUACAAUACAGCACAUUGCCAAGGCCAUUUGUGCUGUAGCGCAAUUAGAAGCUGGACUGAAAAGAAGAAGAAAUAGAACAUUUGUAGUACAGUGGUACCUCGGGUUAAGAACUUAAUUCGUUCUGGAGUUCCGUUCUUAACCUGAAACUGUUCUUAACCUGAGAUACCACUUUAGCUAAUGGGGCCUCCCGCCGACACCACCGCGCGAUUUCUGUUCUAUCCUGAAGCAAAGUUCUUAACCCGAGGUACUAUUUCUGGGUUAGCAGAGUCUGUAACCCAAAGCAUCUGUAACCUGAGGUACCACUGUAUAUAGGAUUUCAGGAGGAACCUACUGGACAUACAAUGCAAACUAGUGUGACUGCCCCAAAACCUUUGAGGGCGCAAAUCGCUUCAGGAGCGCAGAUAACCAUCUCAAUACCACCAAGUGUAUAGAUAAUUACAAAUACACAAUAAAUAGGAUGAAGGUUUUCUCCCAUUCUUAUUCUACUAGAAUCUGGAGUGAACCAAUGAAGCUGGAUGUUGGAAGACUCAGGACCUACAAAGGAAAAUUCUUCACACACUGCAUAAUUAAGCUAUGAAAUUCACUCCCCCAGGUUUAGUGAUAGCCACAGGGCCUGCCCAAUACAUUUUGGAGCCUGAGACAAACCACAAAAUGUUGCCCCUCCCCCCGCCAGGGAAGAAGUGGCGAGUGAAGACCUACAUCAGGAACAAGGAGGGACUAAAGAUCUAUACUGAGAUCUGCUCCCCCAAAGAUCUGCUGCAGAACACCAGUGAGGAGAGUGCUCAGGUACUACUUGAGAACUUCUCACAAGCAUCUGGUUGGCUGCUGUGAGAAGAGGAUGCAGAACUAGAUGGGCGUGUGCUCUGAUGCUCUAUUUUUCUAUGGCCAUGUGUUAGCAAUUUCCAACAACACAUUGCUUUUUUUUCUUGUUGACGGACAUUGCAAUGUGCAAGGAUGCAAAGAAACUUCUGGGAAGUCUUCAAAAAGUUAGUCUGCAUGUCAUUUUUCGGGUGCAUUUUAAAACAAGAUAAUCAGAUAUUUACAUGCUCCAACCCACCGCCCUGUUCCUUUGUGGAAAUUGUGAAAUUAGUUUGUUUCAACUGAAAUCAUCCUUAUGGGAAAAUUCAUCCGCUUUGGAGAACAGAAAAGAACAAAAACUCAAAAGAAACCAAUGCUGACAUCCGGAUACUUCUUAACUCUGGACCAAAGUCCCCACCCUGCCAAGAUCUCUUGGCUUGAACAUGUUUUUCAUGCUCCCAGCUCAACAGCCUGGUAUGUUCCAGCCAGUGAAGUCCUACUGAAAGUCCAAAUUAGGUUGCAAGUUCAGCAUGCUUUUUGGCUGAUCACCCAGGAAAUGUGGGGGCCUACCGCCAUCUGUUGGUAAGUCUCUUUCACAGCAGGUGCAGCUUUCAAAGAACACAAAACGAUCUGUUUUGUCUUGCACUUUUGCAAGCUUUCAAGUGACAUGGAACUUUUUUCGGUCCAGGUAGAAAAAUUGCUAAGUCUUCAGCAUGGGAGACCAUCCCCUUAGAUAUGCAAUGUUCAAGACAUUUCAGAGAGACUGUCUAAUUAUAAAUCUCUCUCUCUCUCUCUCUCUCUCUCUCUCUCUCUCACACACACACACACACACACAGAGCAUGUAAGGGUUAAGGAGAAUUCUGAAAGAUAUGAAAGUUUGCAAUUCUUGAAGUGGGGAAAGAGAAUUUUUAUUUUUGCUCCCCUUUCUCUAGAAAUCAGGAGUGUUUCUUAAUCUGAAUAUUUAAAGGCCUUUCUGCACAACUGGCCAGGAUUGCAACCUUCAGAUUGAAGAGCCUACAGAGAAAGAGGAGAAAGGGGUAGAAUCUGGCAGCCUAGAUGAAAAUUGGGGAAGGGGGGGCAAAGAAAAACAUGCCUUUCCUCCCUUCCCCAACUCCUGAAGCGCCCCUCCUCAAGACCUGAACAGCACCAGCUUCCUGCUCAAAGCUCUCAGGAGUCCUAAAAAGCACCCCUCUUACAGGGUGGGAUGCACUACAACAUUGUGUUGCAGUUCUCAGAUGAUAAAAAUAAUAAAUUAUAAUUACUAUGCACAACUCACAGCACACUCCUAUUGGUUUAAUGGGGCUUACUCCUAGCUAAGUGGGUAUAGGAAUGCAGCCUAAAGUUUGAAAAUGGUCCUUGGCUGAUAUCCAAUUAUGGUAACAAUAAUGGAAUAGGCCAGUAAUUAAAGAAAGAAAAAUUAUUAAAAGCUGAGAUUUGGUAACUCAAUAUAUAAAAAAUAAUUACAAAUCUCAAGAAGAGGAAUAAAUUAUUUGUACUUAUAAGAGAAAAAACAUUUGGAAAGCUGGCUCAUACUUUUGAAGCGAGUGUGAUAUUAUAUUGUUCAUAUUCAAUAUUUAUUAAUAACACUGGUCAACAACAAAUUUGUUGUCUGUGCUUUUUCAGUUGAUUUAGGACAAAUCUGAUGCGCUGAAUCCAAAAAUCACAUUGGUUUUGCUCAAUCAGGUCAGAUUCUUGAGCUAUGGCCACAUGUCGUUUUUUUACGUUUUUGUUCACAUGUACGCUUGUGUGGAGCAUUUUAGAAGAAGUUGGUGGGGGUAAAAUGCCAUGUUGAAUAAUUGUUUUGUUUGGAAAUGAUUAUUUUAAUGACAAGAAGUAUUCAAGUCCGAUAGUUCUGGGUGAUUAUGUCGAAAAGGGAUCAGUUUGAAGUCAUAAAACCUCGAAAUCUUCCAUAAAUUGGUGCGGCUCCAUAAAUUGGUGGGAUCAACAGAAAGAACCGGAGCAGCCUCAAGUAUCCUGAUCUUCAAUCAGCACGUCGUCCUGUAGCUCAUUGUGAUGAAAUUCCAGUGCCUAUCUUCGGAGAACUUCCUGACAUUAGUGACGAAGAUGCCUCCAGUGUUGAAGGACAUGAAGAAGAAGUGGUUCUUGAAGAUAAUGCUCCACAUCCAUUUUCCCAAAAGGAGUUGAAUGAUCUAGUUCGUGACCUCAGCUUGUCAAAGGAAUCUGCCAAACUGUUGGCAUUCAGAUUGAAGGAAAAAAACCUCCUCUCUGACAGUGCUCGCAUCAGCUUCUUCCGCAACAGGCAUUAAAAGUACCUCCGUUUUUUCUCGGAAGAGAAGGACUUGGUGUACUGUGCAGAUAUUGCGCAGCUUCUGCUCAAGCUUGGAGUGCUACAGUACAAACCCAAAGAUUGGAGACUGUUCAUUGACAGCAGCAAGCGAUCACUGAAAUGUGUUCUGCUACACAACGGCAACCAGUUUGCCUCUAUACCCCUGGCUCACUCAACUACACUGAAGGAGAACUAUGAAGCGGUGAAGUACGUGCUGGAGAAAAUUGGUUAUGAUCAGCAUAAGUGGUUUAUUUGUGUUGACCUGAAGAUGGUGAACUUUUUGUUGGGACAACAGUCUGGCUUCACCAAGUACCCAUGUUUUCUGUGCAUGUGGGAUAGUAUGGACCGUGCUCAGCAUUACACAAAGAAGGACUGGCCUGUGCGGGAGGAAUUGGUGCCUUGCAAAGAAAGGAACGUCAUCAACGACCCUCUGGUGGACAGAGACAGAAUACUCUUCCCACCGCUGCACAUCAAGCUCGGCUUAAUCAAGCAGUUCACCAAGGCUCUGGACAAGGAUGGUGACUGCUUCACUUACUUGUGCCAGGCUUUUCCAGGAUUGACCAUGGAGAAGUUGAAAGCUGGCAUCUUUGACGGUCCUCAGAUCCAUCAGCUCAUCAGAGAUCCAGAGUUCGGAAACUCAAUGAACGAAGUGGAACUGGAAGGGUGGAAGGCAUUUGUUCUGGUAGUGAAGAACUUUCUUGGCAACAAUAAGGCCAGAAACUACGCAGAACUUGUCAACAACAUGCUGACUGCUUUCAGAAACCUGGGCUGCAACAUGAGCGUCAAGAUGCACUACCUAUUUUCACAUAUGGACCGGUUUCCUGAGAACCUGGGUUCAAUGAGUGACGAGCAGGGGAGAGAUUCCCUCAGGACAUGAAAGAGAUGGAGACCAGGUAUCAGGGUCGCUGGGACGCAGUCAUGAUGGCUGACUACUGUUGGACUCUGAAGAGAGACCUCCCUGCCGCUGAGCAUUCCAGGAGUUCCAAGGAACAGAAGUUCAAGCCCUGAAGUUUGAAAAAUGGUGAAGCAACAUGCAAUUUACGUGUACUUACCUUUAUCAAUGCCCACCAUUCAGUUUACAGUAAACCUGACCUGAUGGAGAGAAACGGAUGCCAUUUCCUGAUUCAGCAGUGCAAAAAUACCCUAAAUCAGUUGUAGAAAUCUAGACAACAUUCAAAAAGUAAAAAAUUGUUGCCCAGUGUAAUUUAUUUGAAGGUGGGUGGUGUUGUUUUUGCUUUUUUGCAUUCAUACAUAUUGUAUAUAUUGUAUAAUUAAAGCAUUAUAUGAGUUUAUAAAUACAGUAUUAGCAAAUGCAUUCAAAUGUUGAAUUGUACUACUCUGUAGAGUAUAAUCUCUACUUUUUGCAUAUUUCACUUUUUGAAGGGUAACAUGUGCAAUAGUUUAUGGGCCAGUGUUUAUCAUUUCUUCUUCUUCUGGCUUUCACAAGCAGAACUCAACAUUUCUUUCUCACCGCAUCUUUUUGCUGUUUUGCAGUUGAACAGACCCAUAACCAGGAAAAAUGUGGGACUGUUUCCCUUUGAAGGAGAAUGUUGGCAAACUGGAUUCACUUGGGUUGUAGUGAUGGGCAAAAGAGAUCUCUUUGGGGAGUGCUCCUUUGGGAGGAAGGCCAAUACAUAAAUGAAGUAAAUAAUCGAAACAGAAUAAUAAAAAAGUACUCCUAAAGUCAAGGGAAGUGUAUGUCAAACCUCCUAAACCAGCAUAGGAAUAUAAUGCAAUCGUCUUCUUCUUUUUGAAUUGUACAUCAAGGUCUGUGCAAGUAAUAAUUAGCUGAGUAACGACUGCACCUGCCAUAGGCUUUACUUUCUGUAAAACCAAACUGUACGCGCAGAUGCGUAGAAUCGCGACCUGUUGUACUGUGAUUAUAAAAGUCUUAAUUGUUGCCCACUUCUAGCGUAUAAUUAUCCCUGAAACAGGCAGGCUUUUGAAAAGAGAAAUAAAAGCCAGGCAGAUCUGGCUUCCUAUCUUCAUUCCUAGAAGUUUCAACCGCUGCUAUAUAUUGCGGCGUUUUCGGAUCUAACACUGAACUGUGCCGAGCUUGAAUCCUACCAGCGCGGGCACAGAACAACCUGCAAGCGUUAAAAGCGCGUUUUCUCAUCAUCACAAAGGCAAGGCAAAGCCUCUAGAGGCCGCUUGAUCUGGCAGAGACUCGGUGUCCUUCGAGCCCUGCGCGUCCCUUUGCCCCAUCCUGUUACUUAUUUGCCCGUUCUGGGAAGUUCGCCUUCGCCGCAGGGCUGCUGGUUCCGUCUAUUCCGGCCAGCGUUCGCAUCUUCGAAAGGGGUCGGCCCUGUGAGGGGCGGAGCUUUCCCUAAGCACCGCCCCCUGGUGCCUUCGCGCGGCUCCGCUUUGUUUAGCCCAGCCCAGCCUAGCUCGGCCGGGACGGGUGAUUGACACGGACCAAAGUUAUCCCGGAAUAAAGGAAGCACGCAUGUGCCAUCACACCGGAUGUGAACAUGCUCAUUUGGCCUCCUCCGCCUCCAUCACCCGGGAGCUAGCUUUGUUAAAAAAAAAAAAAAAAUCAGAAGGGGGGUCAGCAAUCGUGCCAAGCCGUGCCAAUCCGAUUUACUCCGCGCUGCGGCUUCUGCAGCAGGAGAAAAAGAGAGGGGGGCAGGAUAAAUGCAUUCGCCCCUCGUCCCGCUUCCUAACGACGAUCCCCGACAGUAAAGCUUUAGCACCAAUAAACUGAAGCGGGUCAAGUCCGUGCCAGCCCCAGAUGAGGGUUUCAAGCACUCCUUGCGCCUUGCCAGCCGCUUCUCCCUAAUGCCCGUCCCCUGCGCUUCCUGCUGCUGCUGUUGGGGAGCUGCUGGGCUUCCCCUUGCCGAGGGGGCGGCGGCAGGUUCAGAGGCCGGGGGUCGAGCAUGGAUUUCCGAGGGAAGAAGUACGAGCGGGGCAGCAACUGGUCGGACCCCGAGGUGGUGGAGCUGCUGCACUUGUGGGCCGACGAGUCGGUGCAGGCGGAGCUGGAGAGCUGCCUUCGGAACCAGCACGUCUUCAACCGGAUCGCCGAGGUGCUGCGGGAGAAGGGCAUCCACCGCACGGGGGACCAGUGCCGGGAGAAGAUCAAGAAGAUGAAGCUGGAGUACCGCCGCAUCAAGGAGAACAACAAGGCCCCUCGAGGGGGCAGGACUUGGAAGUUUUACGACGUGAUGGAUCGGGUCCUGGCCAGCCGGCCGUCCCUCGCCUACAGCGCCGCCGCCGCCGCCGCCAACAGCAGCAGCAGCGGCGCCUUGCUGAUGGCGCAACAAGUGCUGCCGCCGGGGAGCCUGGUGGAGAGUUACCGUCCCCACUUGGCACCCUCGUCGGCUCUGCCCUUCCCGCCCUCUCAGCCCCCGGAGCUGAUGGAGAUCAAAUGCGAGGAGGUGGAUUCCGAGGUGGAGCAGUGCUUGACGCCGGAGCCGCCGCCUUCUCUCUCUUACCAGCCGGGGGGCUCCCCCGAGGAGGAGAGGGCCUUUUUGGACGACUCGCCCCUCUCCAGGUUGGAGAUGCCCAUCGAGACCAGUGUCUCGCCCUCAGGUAGGACGGCGGCGGCGGGCUCGGCUCACUUAACGUCGACACGGCAAGGGCCUCUUGGUCACAACAGAGCAGGCCCCACCCGAGACAUGUUGGCACUGGAGGGGGGGCAUCACAUGCUGCCCCCCUUCUCUCAAGUCAAGGUACACAGUACCCAAGGCAGGUGAAGUUAGCCUAGUGCCCCCGAGGCAGACAAUCCCACAAGCACCUCUUUCCCUCACAGUAAAAAUACAACAACAAUACAUUAAGUAACCAACCAUUUGAUGUCCUGCCAGGAGCUAACACUGUUUUUGUGGUGCGUGCUAGUUAUGUCAGCAGAAGAUCAGAAAGCAAAGAAUCCACUUUCUGAGGGAUCUGGCUUUCAGAGUGGUCAGUUACAAUCUCUCCUUUGCUCUAUAAAAGAUGAGACAUCUUUUAUAUUACAGCCAAUCUGUGUUUUCCCAGAGGACUGUUAGUUUCUGUUUCCCGAGGGCCGGAGCUGAAAAAACUAACAAGGACAACCCUCUAUUUUAGUUACAAAACUGUCAUUUUUAAUCAAGUACCUUUCCCUGAUCUCUCCAAGAAUUCCCAGUCCUUUGAUGCCAAGUCCCUCUUUCCUGCAUUGAGACCAGGCUUACCUGUCCUCUGGUUUUGUAAUACAGCAUAAUUUCAGCCUCCCCCCCCCAAUGCAGGUGUGUUGUGUCCGUCCUCCUCCCCCAAUUCCUCCAAGGGUCCUGAUGUGCUGAUUUGAGAAACUUUUAUCCUAUCUUUAUCUGAAGCCACAGUACAUUGCCUUGAGCAUGUUUCAGGCAGAAAGGCAAUUAAAUAAAUAAAUGGUAUACUUUGGGCCUUUGAAGCACUCUGAGGCAAUGAGUUCUGCAGCUAAAUGCCCUUUGCAGUUAACAAAUAGUAACCUGAGUUUACAGAAUGCUGACUUUCUUGGAAUUGUCCCAUGUGUCAAAUGGGGAACAAUGCAAAACAGUAAACUAAAUCCAUGACUCAAACUACAAAAAAAAGAGGUUUAAAAUAGAGGUUUGGGUGAUUUCUGGGUGAGACAGGCUGCUUUGGAUCCUGGAGCAGUGGCGGACUUUGGGCUUAACAUUUCAGUGGCACCCUGUGCAGCACCAAAAUCCCCACCUCUCACCUUCCAUUGUUCAUCAUUAUAGCAGUGCUUCCUGUGGGGCCCUGUGACUCUGCAACUGGUUAUAAUAAUAAUAGCAACAAUUUAUUAUUUAUACCCUGCCCAUCUGGCUGGGUUUCCCCAGCCACUCUGGGCGGCUCCCAACAGAAUAAAAAAGUGAUAAAAUGUCAUACAUUAAAAACUUCCCUAAAUCCACCUCUGCCUGGAGUUUUAAAUGCCACAAAGCAAAUAAAUAACUCUAAAUGCUGAGUCUACAAUAAUACCUCUGUUCAAGUCACCUUGCAUGAGGGGAAAUCUAUACUAUGAGCAGAUGUACUAGUGUAGAUGCUUAGUUUGGCAUCGUUGGUAUCAGACUUCAGAAUGUGAGCUUCCACACCAUCCAUUAUUUGGAACCAAUUAUAAUUCUGACUGGUGGCUUGCUGGGAUCAAGCCAUCUCUAGGGCGUUUGAAAACCUGUUGCUCAGCCACUACUGCCAACCACUGUAUAGAAUUAAGGUACAGAAUUUACCUUUUACCUAGAAUUAAAGGUGAAGGAGCUUUUCAGUGAGAGGAAAUGGCAUCCACCAAGAUUGAUCUCCAGCAUCGGUGAUUUUAGAAACUGAAACAGUGGGAGCCACGUGCAUUGCAGGGAGUUGGCCUAGAUGGCUCUUGGGAUCCCUUCCAAUUCAAUUCUUCCAACCCUACAAUAUGAUUCUAUGUCAGUUUCUGUAGCUUGUUUGAAGCACGAUGCUGAAUGAGUUGCAUCUGUAUAUCAGGUACUUGUUGCAAAAAGUUAAAGGAAAGGGCGCAUUUCUGAAUGUGCAAAUUUCAUGCUAGGAAUAAUUAGGAAUAGAACUGAAAAUAAAACUGCCAAUACCAUAAUGCCACUGUAUAAUGUAUGAAAAUCUAUGGUGUGACUGUAACUGCAUACAGUUUUGGACAUCUUGUCUCAGGAAUGAUAUUUGAGAGCUGUAAAAGGUUCAGAAGAGGCCGACAAAGGGGCAGGAAACGUUAUGAGAAAAGGUUACAACAUUCAAAAUUUUAGUUUAGAAAAAUUUGAGUAAGGGAACAUGAUACAGGUGCACAAAAUUAUGGAGAAAAUGGAUUGGCAAAAGUUUUUCCUCCCUCUUACAAAAUACUCCAACUUGGGGGCAUUCAGUGAAGCUGGGCAUUAGAAGAUUCAGGACAGCAAAUACUUCUUCCCACAGUAAACUUCCCACAGGAAACUAUGGGAUUUGCUCUCACAAGAAGCAGUGAUGGCCACCAACUUGGAUGGCUUUAAAAGGGGAUUAGGCAAAUUCGUGGAGAAUAAUGACUACUAGCCAUGAUGACCUUCACUGUGGGAGACACUAAGUGUCUGAAUACCAGUUGCAGGGAGGAUACUGCUGUUGUGCUCUGACCGUAGUCAAGAAGUGUGAAAUGAUUUUGUGCCUCAAAAGAAGGAAUUUACCUUUACCUGUUUCCUCCUUCAGGUUUCAGUGAACCCAACAUGGCUUCGUCAUCCCGGAUCCAAAGUCUGGGGCCACGGCCUGGCUUUUCCACCCUGCACCGCCUGCGGAAGAAGCGGAAAGCCCAGCGGCUGAAGGAUCCCCUGGACGCGCUCUUGCUGAAGACCCUGGCGGCGCAGCGGGACAUGGAGGAGCGCUUUCUGCAGAUGGAGGAACGGCGGCUCCAACGGGACCUGGAGGCGGAGGAGCGGCGGAUACAGCUGGAGCAGCGACGCUUUGAACUGGAACGGGACCACGAAUUCCGCAUGUUCAACGUCUUCGCCCAGAUGCUCAGCAUCCUAAAGCAAAGCAAUAACAGCUCCUUUGCAAGCGGGCUGCCCCAGGGCAUGGACCUUAGCCAAGCAUUUUCCGAUAGCACUGGGGCAGGCGAAGGGGCACAGCAGGAAGUGAGGACCACACAGCUGGUGCGGCCCGUCUUGGACAGGACAGCCUAUGUGUUUGAUUUCUGCAACCAUAGUGAUUUCCAAAGCAGCCCAUACCUCUCGGUCCGAGGCAAUAUUGCCAACAUCUUCAGGGGGUCCACAGAGGAAGGGUACAGGGCCUAUCAUGCCGACAAGUAUGAAGAGGACAAAAACCCCACUGUGAGUAAACUCUGUUUCUGCUGUGUGCCUUCAAAAACAAAAAUUAUUAUUUAAUAUGGUUAUGGAUUUUCCACGCAGAUCAAGGUUCAGCAUAAUCAAGGAAGAGCUCUCUGCUGCAGGAGCUUAUAUUCUGACGUGUGAUCAAGGGUGGAGAAGGGUGUAUGAACAAAGGAUAAAUCUGAGCAUGUGCACUUACAAAGCCUGGCCUUCAUUUUGGUUGGGGGUAAAAACUAAGACUGUAAUCCUCUGUAUAGGUAUGGGAAUAAGCUGCAUAGAGUUCAACAGGAUCAGCUUCUCUCAGUAUUGGGCUGCCCAGGAUUGAACCAAAGGCUAAAUGGGAAAAGGUGGCUUUGAGGAGGAAAAGGGGAUGGAAAGUCUUAAUUGAGGCAUCCCCCACCUCCCGCCACUCCUUGGUGGAGAAUUUAAUAUAGUGAGUGGACAGAAUCCUCUGUUAUUUAAAAACAGCUGAACAACCAUCCAUCCACCCACCCGGAGAAACUGGCAGUUACAUGCACGACUCCUAAAUUUACACAAUUUACAUAGCAUUGUAUCUUUUGAUAUCUUGCCUGAAAUGAAUGUUAGCCCAAGGGGACUUAUAAUUAUGGUUUUUUUACAAUUCGGGGGCCAUGUUAUUGUGAACACUAAACCACAGUCUAACACUAUGUAGAUGAGUCUCCAUGUGCCCAAGUGAUACACUGGACUAACAUUUCUUCCUCUUUCCUUCUCCUCCUCCACAUCCAUGGGUGUAGCCAAGUAAAACAAUAGAAAUAACUAACUGACCAAUCACAUCGGUUCUGACCAACAAAAGUCCUGUCCCCCACCCCCCAACAAAAAUCCUGCCUAUGCCAAUGUCUUUUGCUUUCAAAUAGGUUAGCAUGAUGUAUGUUGAACUGGACUUGAAAGACUUGGGUUCAAAUCCUUAUUGGGUAAUUUUGGACCAGUAACUAUUUAUCAGCCUAAUCUACCUCCCAGGGAUGUUGUGAGGGGGGAAAUGAGGUCUGUGUAUCCCACAAAUUAUUAGAGAAAAGGCAGUAUACAAAUGUAGUCAAUAAAUAAAUUACCUGGGUAAACAUGGUGACUGCCCAAGCUACUGUCUCCAAGAAAAAAUAGUAUCUAUACUUACUGACCUGCAGUUUCUUUCAUACUGUAUGAAUGAUGAAGUGUCUAUAUAUGAACAUAAAUGAACAGCAUGAAAUGAUUUUGUUGAGGAAUAUGAAUAUGUGUCGUGUAAAUGCAUGCAGAUUUACAGCUGAAGCAUCUCACGUAAUUAUACAAAAAGAGGAAUCUUGGAUUCAGAUAGAUUCACAAGUGAACUGAAGAAUAAAUUACAUAGUAUUUGCUUAUAUGUCUGAUCUUUAAAAAAUCUAUUUCCCAAAGUGCUCAUUGGCCCCUGUACUUAAAGGAACUCUGGUUCACACAUUUUUGAACGGGGUAAUAGCACGUCAGCUAAUGUGAAAUACAUAUACACACAGUGAUUGUUUUUCUUAACAAUACUUCUGUCUCUGUCUCCAGGGCAUCAUUAAUUUUGGCACCAGUGAAAACAAGCUGUGCUUUGAUCUGAUGUCCAAGCGGGUAAGAGAAUCGUAAAUGUAUGUGGUUCCUGAGCUGUGCUGGUGGUGUUGCUCUUUCCCUUUCCAAAUCAGUUAGCCCUCAGAGGCUUAAUUUUACAUGCUGAAGCAUCUUUAUAAGAAUACUUGUUGACCCCUUUCUUUUCCAUUUGGGAAGCUUACAAAUUUGUGCCUUUUCCAGAGUAGUGGUGGUGGGAACAUGGCACCUCUCUUAGGUUUCUUGCAGUCAACCACCAGACACUUUCAAAUAUUGGAGAGAACUUCCUGCCCUAUUCCUGCCCCAAGCCCUUGCUUCCCUAGUAUGGAUGAAUUUAUCUAUCCCCAAAACAACUGGGGGAGAAAGCGGGCAAAGGACCUAGAAGAGGAUUGAGACAGGAAUCUGCAGAGGAGCCACACCCUUUAGAAGGGAUGGAAAUGUUUCCCAAGCUAGCAACCUUACACCUCCUUGACCAAGCUUUAAACAAUAAUAGAAAUCAAAAUUAUUGUUAUUUUCUUAACUUAGGGUGUUUCUUUGACUUUCAAAUUCUGGGUACUUCUAGAGAUAGUGUCUCUUUCCAGAAUGAGGGUCCUCUUCUGAUAAUAAUGUUGCAGGAGCACUAGCAGUGUGCCUGUUCCCAUGAAAGGAAAGGGGAUGGACUUGCCUUGCUGACCAAUAUAGUCUUGUGUGUUUUGGGUUUUGUGACUUGUAAGACAAAUGCCCUCCAGCAGGAUGGGAGCGUUUGGUUCUACAGGUUUGAUUCUUACCUUUUCCAGACCAAUUUGGCUUGCUUAAUUAUUGUGCCCUUUCCUUCUCUUUGCUAAUAGCUGACGCAAAGUGACAUGAAUGUCAUAGAACCUCCACUGCUACAAUAUCCUGACUGGAAGGGCCAUAUGUUGUGAGUAGUAACUGCCCUGUAUCUUUUCCCCUUUGUAAGUAUCUUCACCCUAUUUUCUGCACCUACAAGGAAAUUAUUAUCCUGUUCUGCAGGAGAUUGCAGGUGCAGUACAAGCAAUAAAGAGAGCCUUUUCCAGGCAGGCAAAGUCAGAUCUCUCUAAGCAGGUCAGGAUACUGGUCAGCUGCUUUGCUGAGCUGUGAAACAUGUUUCAGCAGAGAGCUGGGGCCACCUAGAAUCCUGUGGUUUGAUGUUGGUUGGUUAUGCCUAUACUAUUUUUCUAGAAAAAGAGGUGCAGGAACUCACCACGAACACCUCCCUUGUUGUCUUAGAAUGGCAAUGGUGCCCACUUGAGAGGUGCCAGAACUGAAUUCUGCUGAGUUCCAGCUGGAAAAAAAGCCCUUCCUCCCUGAGGAACUGGCUCAGCUGAACUAAAGUGCCCUUCUGCAGGAGGGGCUGUUAUUGAGGGAACACCCUAAGACUGUGAGAGCCCUGUAGGAAGUACUGAGCCCCAUGCUAACCCCCUCCAUGAGCAGCUAGUAUUUCCCCAUCAUCUUUAUAUUACCCGAGGUAGUGGAAGGGGCUGAGAGGUCAUGACAGUUCUGGAGGAGGAGGAGGAGUAUUUUUUAAAGUGCCUGAAAUGGCUAUAAAUGAAAUCUAUGAUUGUUGUAAGUACCAAGGGUGAUGUAGUGAGCAUGGUUGUGUGCAUGUGUGUAUAAGAAAUCAGAAAAUAAAAUACAUAAGGGGUAUGGUGGUGGAAGAGUGUGCUGAAUUAUUUCAAAAUAGCACCUCAGGAGUGCAAUGGAUUGUUUGCUAACUGUGUGGCAUGUGAAGUCUUUGCGCCUGAGGUCGUCUCUUUAAUAUAGUUGAUAAUUUUAAUAACCAUAUAUUCUGAUAACACAUUCAUUCUCCAAAGGCUGUUGUGAGCAUAACUUGGGUGCAGGGGAAGCUAUGUUCACUGCCUUGGAAGAAAUGGAAGGAAGGAAGGAGCUAAAGAGGACUGUGGAAAUACCCAGGACAUGCAGUUUGAACUGGUCCAGCCAGGAAUAUAACAUGCUUGUAACAGGAAGGGCUGAUCUUUCAGUGAAUUAACUGUAUGUAUAUUCUCCUUUUCUGCAAAGGAGCUCAACUCAAGUAUACCAGGGAACCUGUGCACCUCCAUUUGUUGCUGACUACAGCUCCAGUCAUUUAGAGCCAGCGUGACCAACAGUCAGGAGAGAUGGGAAUUGUAGCACAACAACUUCUGAAGGGCCAUCUCCAUCCCACCAGGAUAUGGUUCUUUUAAUCAGGGUUGGGGAGUCAAUAACCUCCAGAUGCUGUUGGACUCCAACUCCCAUCAGCCCCAGCCAGCAUGGUCAAUGGUCCAGGAUGAUGGGAGUUUUAGCCCCGCAUCUGGAGAGUCUUAGGUGCCCCUUUGCUGCUUUUAAGCAUUUUAUACCUUCAGUUCUCAUUGCAAUCAGACCUAAAGUGGAAAUUAACAAUAAUAAAGUGCAGGAUUUUAUGGCAUCUUAGGUGUGUGAACAACUGAAAUGUUUUGCGCUGGCCCAGUAAAACUUUAUCCUGUUUCCAUGCCUACUGCAUAAACCUUCUUUGUGUUGUUCUGCAAUGCAUCCUGGUGGAGAGCGAAGCCUUUCCUUGGGAGAAACUAAUUCCAUGGUUGCUUUUAUAUCUCCUUCAGCUUGCGAGAGGAAGUGGCUCGAUUUUUGACCUAUUAUUGCAAGGCACCUGCACCUCUUAAAGCAGAAAAUGUAGGUCAAUUUACUUCUGGCUUGUUUGUUCUUUUAGUAAUGUAUUGGCACUCAUAUUGAUGAUUAUCCUAACCUAAAUGGGAGUAAACAUCCAUUCCAACAUGUCUUCUGCAGGUGAUCAUACUGAAUGGCUGCGGCUCUCUGUUUUCUGCUUUGGCUACCGUUCUCUGUGAUCCAGGGGGUAAGUGAGAUAACUAGAGAAAUAUUGGGUGGUAUUCAAAUUAAUGACUCAGUUAGGUCCAUGAAUUUUGGUAGGCCUAUUUUGAGCAAAACGUAGUUGAAUACAACCCUUAAUAUAUGGAUUUGUUGGUUGGUAAUGGAGUAGGAAUAUUGCAAAGAAUAGCAACAAAACUGCUAAUGUUUAUGGUCAUAAUUCUGCUGGGUAUUCUUUUUUAUUCCCUUGCCCAUUUUACUUGCACUAAUUAGCUACAUUAAUCAGGGCAAGUAAAAGUUAACUCCAAACUGGUCUCUCUGGACUUGUAGAAAGGAACUUUUCCACAAAGAUCCUGACCUCAGCUGCAUUGUCCCAGCUGUAAACUUCAGGGGCACAAAUUGCAGCAGUGGGAUAACCGGCUUUCUUCUUUUGAUUUCAGAAGCCUUCCUGAUCGCUACCCCUUUCUACGGAGGCAUCACCCAAAGUGUGUUUCUCUAUGGGAAUGUGAAGCUGGUCUAUGCCCAUUUGGACAGUCAGGUAAGAAGGAGAGCGGACAGCCAUCACAUUCUAAAACCUAGGGGUCCGGAUAUGGACUGAAAUUUCCAUCUGUCCCCAUGCCAGCAUGUCCAUAACAUCUGGGGGCACCAUGUUGGCUACCCUUGCUAUUGUCCUAUGGCAUUUUCUGGCAGCAGGCAACUUUACAUAUCUUCCUCACAGUUCACUUGAGCAAUAGUUGCUAGACAAUGGUUCAAGCUCCAAGUCACAGGGAAAGUUGGGUAUGGGUUGCCAAACUGGCUGACAGAGAGGGAAGUAUUGCACACAAGAUAUAUUUGGUUUCUCUGAGAAGACAAAGUUUCUGAACAGAAAUUACCCGUGUGUAUCCCUACAGUAAGAAGUUUUGGAACACCUUUCCUAGAAUAUGUUUGCUGAAUUUAAGGCUUAAGUAAUUUGGGCUGUGAAGGCUGCCUUUGCUUGUAUCCAAAUCAGCAUUCUGGCAUUCCUCUGUAGAGGUCCACAAAUAUCCCUUCCUCAGUAGAAGUUGAACUCCAGCUUCUGUGAAUGGCUGCUCAAUUCAUGAUGUCACUGGGAAGUGUGUUAACAAUUCUUAUCUUUGUAAUAACAUCCAGUUGAAGGGAGUGGAGUCCUUGUUAAGACUUCUUGAGAUGUGCAGCACAAAUAGCUUUUGUUCGGUUCCGAAAGGCUUUUGGGCUCAGCCUACUCUUUAAUGCAUUUCAGGUCACCGGCACCUGCAACCGUCCGUUCCAGCUCACUGUGGAAAAGCUAAAGAAGGCCUUGCAGGAUGCACAGUCAGAGGUGAGCUUGCUUCAUCUUACAGUUGCUGAAUCUUCCAAGGCUUCAUUGGUGGGUGGGGCCACAGAUUACAGGGAUGUUGUGGAAUGUAAUACAAUAAACCUUUAGACUUUGGGGUAAUUCAGUGUUGCGCUAAUACGGCCGUUCUGCCAGUGCAAGCACUUCUGCUUGCCUGAUGGAAUAGUCUCCCCUGCACACUGUUCUGGGGUUUUUCCCAAGCUCCCAGAGCGGAUUUAGGGGAGGCGCAAGGGGAAGCCCCAUUGCUUGUGGGAGUCUUUGCACUGGCUUCUGCUCACGGGCCAGGUUAGCUGAAUCUGGCCCCUAGUUUUGAUUCAUUUCAGUGGUCCAGGGUGGUCUAAGUAUAAGCAUUGUUGAGGCCAAGUGUGGUAGAGGCUAGAUGUAUUAUGGUGUUUUUACUGCUGCAUUACAACUUUGGAGCUUUGAUAGACAACUAUUUUAUUACAGCAUGUGGCAGACAUAGGCAAACUCUGGCCCAGCAGAUGUUUGGGACUACAGUUUCCAUCAUUCCUGACCACUGGUUCUGUUAGCUAGGGAUGAUGGGAAUUGUAGUCCCAAACAUCUGGAGGGCUGGAGUUUGCCUAUGCCUGCCAUACGGGAUAGUAUGAAUGGACCCUUAUUGCUUUCUUCUGCUUCUUUUGACAAAGUUUAUGCUCUGUUUUGUUCUCAUUUGGAAAAGACUUCUGUUUUUUGAAGGAUACCUUCCUACCUCUAAUAGCUUCCUUGAUUCUGCUCAUUAGCCACAUUGGCAUCUUCUUGUCCCUGAUGGAGUCUUUCCUUUAUCUGUGAUGUACUUCCUAGCUCAGUUUCUAUGACUGAGGUUUUGAACAAUCUCUAAGUAUUUUGGUGAGAUUUGACACUUUCCACUUCCCCAUUCAACUUUCUUUUUACCGAUUCCUUCAGUUUUGGGACGUUUCCUCUUUUAAAGCCAAAUGUGGCUGUGUUGGAUUUUAACUUAACAUCUAUGUGGAAUUUGAUUGCACUAAGAUAUUUUUUAUUUAAAAAAUAUUGUAAAGUUAUAAAAGAGAAUUCAACCAAGCUCCUUUACUUUGCUACAUUCCAUGAUGCACUGGCAACAGGCAGGUAAAAGCAGCCUGAUAAUGAGGGUCACCAAUGUUAUAAACCAAAGUGCCUCAGGACAAGCAAGUUUCUCGACAGGCAGUAUUUUAUAUAAGGUCCCAUGUUCUUUGUGUUUUACAGUUUGAUGCUUUUGUUUUACAGGGUGUCAGAGUAAAGGCUUUAAUUCUCCUGAACCCCCAUAAUCCCUUGGGGGACAUCUAUUCUCUCUCUGAGUUACAUGACUUCUUGGAAUUUGCAAAAAGGUAUGAUCUAAGACUUUGUUUGGAGAUGGCUAGUCCAACAGACCAAAUAUUGUAGGCUGGGAUGAGUGAAAAUAUGCAUUUUUACAUCUGCCUAGGCUACAUGUACUUAGUUUCUGCAGAGCAGGAGUGGGGAACCUGUGGCUUGUCAACUCUCAUCAGCCCCAGCAAGCAUGGUCAAUGGCCAGGGAUGAUGGGGGUUGUAGUUCAGCAACAUCUGGAGGGCCAGAGGUUCCCCACACCUGUUGUAGAGGAUGAGGUUCAGCUGAAGACUCAACAGAAAAGGUGAGGGGCUUUUUGUGGCGUGAGGUGGUACUUGAAGGCAAGAGUUGGGUGUGACACUAGACGUAUUCCAAGAAGGAGCUUUAGCUAUAUGGGGCAGCAUAUGAGAAUUGAUGGGGUGCCAUUCAAUGGCACAGGAGGUCUUCAUCUGCUGGAGAGUGGUGGAGCUGGAGGAGCAAAUGCCAUGACUGUGGAUAAAUUUCUGGUUCCAUUCCAUUGAUAUUGCUUCGUCUUUAGAAAGAACUAGGAAUGCCAGGGGAGAGUUACACCUGUGUAGCAUCCUGGUUGCUUCCAGAUGACCUAUUUUAUUGCACGUUCAUCCCGAUUUUCCCCACAAAGUUUGCAAGGUCAGAUAUCAUUGGUCAUUUCUUGAGCAUUCCCUCUGAUUUGUUUGCUGGGACGCCUAUACAAUGUUGUGUCAGCAAUUGUUACUGCCCAGUUUUCAUUCUGUUUCCCAUCGUUUUCCUUAUCACAAAAUGUCCAAUUUUAGGGAGGAUAUUGCCCAAGAGAGCCAAAUCAACUUUUAAUUUCAUGGCCUGAAUUUGCCCAUAUGUGAUUGAAUGCCAAUAAGAUUGAACCCACCCAAAAAUAGCAACAAUCUGAAAGGGCCCCCUGUUGUUAUCAGCAAGCGUGUCAGUGAAAGGUAGCCUUUUCGGUGGGAAACCGAAUGUCCAUGAAGGUUUUGCUGCCAUCUUUAGUAAUGGGAGAGCAAAUGUGGCUACUAGGUGUGAUGUUUUCACUCUAUUCCUGCUGUCUGGUUUUGGGAGCAUUGCCCUACUAAAUCCUCCUCUCUAGUGGCAGCCGGUUGAACUGUGCCCGCUUCCUGGCAGCAAGCAGUCUCUCUACCCGUUGCCAAAAAAUCCCGUUUUUUCCUUCCUCUCGUUCUAGGCAUGAGCUGCACGUGAUAGUAGAUGAGAUCUACAUGCUGUCAGUUUUUGAUGAUUCUGCCACAUUCCACAGUGUGCUUGAAAUGGACAGGUAAAAGCAUCUUUAGUGCUUCCAUCACCUCUUAAUGGGGGUCGCCAACACUAUAAAGUUCUGUGAAACAGAGAAGCAGCACUGAGCAAACACUUUCACAUCACAAACUGCUAUUAAGAGUCCUGAUGGGUUAAAAGUUGGCAGCUUCUACUGGCAGCAGUGUGAUAUAUUCCCUUUUUUAGGGGCUUGUAACUGGGGGAAAGUGCUCUCCAUGCUUCUGCACCACAAUAUCCCAGGGCUUCAAAGGGUUGCUUUCUGGCACAGUUUUAACAGUAGCAGCACUGUGAGAAUGACUCUCUGGUUCAGGGGCGAGGAACCUGUGGCCCUCCAGAUAUCGGUGGACUGCAACUCGCAUCAUCAUUGGCAGUGCUGAUUGGGGAUGAUGGAUGUUUGAGUCCAGCAACAGCCACAGGCUCCCCACCCUGGAUCAGGACCAUGGAGGAGAGGAACAAUGUGCAUACAAUUGUCCCUGAAAUUCUUUUGCAUGUCUGUGAUGGUUGGAGGUUUUCCUAAACGUGGUGUGGAAAUACGCAGCUUGGAAGCAGAACGGAGAGACCUCAGAGAGUCUUUUGACUCUCUGAGAGCAAACCAGGCCUGACACAUUUUUGUUAUGGAGAUGGACUACCACAGGUUAAUCCAAGCAGGCUUGAGAGUAUGUGGUGGUGGGGAAGGUUUUUUUAAAUUCUUUUCCUCCAUUCCACGGUCCCAUGGACGAAAAUCCCCUUUCCAAGCAGCUACUUUCAUUUCAAGGGGAAAUUUUAUUGGUGUCAUUGGUAGAAAAGCUGUUCUUUCCCUCCUCUUUUCCAGGUCUUCUGGCGAAUCAGAACAGUAGUGAGCCCCAUAGCAGAUAAGAGAGGUGGAUUUAGGGCAGUGCGACUGGCUUCACUGCUCUGGGCACUGAGGCUAGAGGGCGCUGCAGGGCGUCGCAACUAUGACAUAGUGAAUUGAGCAGAACAGAAGGCGAGAGGCGAGGAUGACAAAUUUUGGUCUCACACUGCUGAAAUAGGAAAGACCAAAGUCCAGCCUUUCAGAUAACAUAGGUGACGCAGGGGAGGAUGAAGAGGAACUCAGACUGGUUGGGAACUAGAGACACUGGCGGUUUCCUCGAUAAGUCUUAGUGGGCGUCCUUGGGAACCACACUGGGGACUAUAAUUUCUUCUGGUGCUUCAGAAUACCCUAGAAGCCUCGUUGAUUUGUUGCUAACAUCUACAUAUGCAUUCUCUUUAUGCACAGAUUUCCUGAUCCGCAGAGGACCCAUGUGAUGUGGGGAAUUACUAAGGUGAUUGCUUUUUUCUUUUCUUUUUUAUCUUAUUUUCAUUUUCAACUUUUACAAAUAUUUUUAACAAGGAAAACAAAAUCUUUCAAAUCUCAUUUACCUUCCCCUCUACUUCCCUCCCCUCAUUUCUGCAGUUACUUAUUUUAUAUAUUUUUAUUACUGCAUAUCCAAUUCAAGUCUGUUUACUAAUUUUCCAUUAUCUUCCCCUUGAUUAUUUCUUACUGCGUGUGUUUAUAUCAAUCCUGCUAAUGUUUUGAUUUGUUUACAAUGUAUCUUCAAAUAAUCAAUAAAUUGUCCCCAUUCUGUUUUUAAAAGUCUCUUCUUGAUUUCUCAUUGUUCUGGUAAGUUUUGCUAUUUUUGUGUACUCCAUUAAUUUUAAUUGCCAGUCUUCCUUUGUCGGAACUGUUUCUUCCUUCCAUCUUUGAGCAUAAAGAUGCAUUUUUUUCUGAUGCUCAGGUGGUAUUAUUUCAAAAGCCUGGGCCAUGCGUGAGAGAGAUUUGUUUAUUCAUUGGUUGGCUCAAAAGAUUAUUAAUUUCUGGCCCCUGCAGGAUUUUGCUGCUGCUGGGAUUCGUUUUGGGACACUGUACACGUUGAAUCAAGAUGUUGCCAAUGCUGUGGCUUCCUUGUGCUACUUCCAUGGGGUCUGUGGGCCUGUCCAGUACAAAAUGGCCCAGCUACUCCGAGACAGAGGUGAGGCCAAGAAUGUCGCACAACCCCUCCCUGCUCUGUUCUCCCUUUGAGAAGGGAGCUUUGCCAAAACUGCAGCUUUUGCCUGUCCAGGAUUCUCAGGCUGUAGCGUGGAGAUGGUUGCCAAUUCAGCAGCAUCUUCCAUUAAAGCAUAAAAAUAUUGCACUGCCAACAACAGCCCUUUUCAUAGCCUCCCCACCAUAGACACAGCAAUGUGUGGAGUAGGAAGUGAUGCCACAUACCCAAGCUCUGCAUGUUUGGUUGGACAUGUGAAACAGCCCCUUUGCGUGUACAGCUCCCAUGAGAUCUGGAGCUCUGCUCAAUCCAGGGGUCCAGAUUGCAUGGGAGCCCCACCUGCAUACAAGUCUACUCACUUGGGGUACCCUUUCAGACAUUCUCCCUAUGUUAGAGUUGGCUUAGAUCAGGCAUAGGCAAACUUGGCCCUCCAGAUGUUUUUGGCCUACAACUCCCAUGAUCCCUAGCUAGAAGGACCAGUGGUCAUGGAUGAUGGAAAUUGUAGUCCCAAAACAUCAGGAGGGUUGGGUUUGCCUAUGCGUGGCUUAGAUGGACCUCCUUAUAUUUUUAUGUGUGUAUCUUAAGAUGGUUUUCAUGUGCACACCUGAAAUGUGACCAACAGGAAAUUGCAAUGCAUUGCAUAAAUUGACAAGGCCCUGAGGAUUUUGCAUCAUGUUUUGCUGCUGCAAUAGUUGAUCGUGCAGAAGGUGAGAAUAAAGUAAAGAAGGCAGUGGAGUGACACCAACAUUUCAAUACAAAAUAUGGGCAGUGUUGUGUAGAUCUUGUCCACUUUCUUCUCUGUGGGAUGCUUUGUGUGUUCACAUAGUAGCCUGCAGCACCAAGUGAUGAUCAGUGUUUGAAUGAGUUGCUGCAAAUCAGCUUGCCACAGGCAGAACUUGCCUAUAUUCUUGAAUGGCUUCAAAUCCAAUGCUUUUCAAUGGAGUCAGUUCACACGCUGAACCACCAGUCAUCAAAGAGUUGAGAAAUCAAGCGAUUUUAUAUGUAUGUGUCUGAACUGCCUUAUGUGUCUUCCUCUUGGCUAGACUGGAUCAACCAGGUGUACUUACGGGCCAAUCAUGAAAGGCUGAAAGCUGCCCACACUUUUGUGACAGAUGAGCUCAAGACCCUUGGGGUUCCCUUCCUGAACCGCAAUGCAGGCUUCUUUGUAUGGAUUGAUUUCCGAAAGGUCAGUGCUCAUUAAAGGAGGCCCUGUAGGAUCAAACAAAGUCCCUCUAUUUCAGCAGUGGUGGGUGUGAAUCAAGCAGACAUCCAAUGUUACGGAUUUCAGAAAGAUCUGGCUGGUGUGUUCGCACACACUGUCUCACUGACAAGGCAUUGCUCUAUUUUGUAAAAACAACCUCACACACACACCCCGCCCCACUUUGAAUAAUUCAUCUCCAAAAUUAUCCUUUGAAAGAGCUUACUCAGAAUUUUCUGUAAAGUAGAGAAGUAGCAUUAGUUGUUUCAAUUCAGAAACACAUCUUGAGAUAUUUUAUGAGGCAGUGAAGUAGUUUUCAUGGGUCCUGUAUGCCUCCUUUUCCUAGGUUUGCUUUUUUUUUUUUACAACCGUAGCAUUUUUGCCUUUAGGCAACUGCUGAAAUUUUUUUCUUUCUAAGAGGGUUUCCCUGAAGAGAGACUCAGCCAUUUUGUAUUGCAUUCAUAUGGAAUCUUGUAAUUUAAUUCUUUAAAGAACUUAAUUCUUUAAGAACUGCUUUUGGACUGUUCUGCAUAUUCACUUUGACUAUACAUUUGGGGAGGGGUUGGUACUUUUGUACACCACUCUGAAGACAUUUGUUGGGAAGCAGUUUAUAAAUCCUUAUAUAAUUAAAUAUUCUCCAGUCUAGUGGGUGCUUCCCUUUUUCAUCAUCACAGCCAAGGGAAAUAAACUUGCAAAGAUUGUGGUUGACUUUCUCAUUCCACUGGUGGAAGAUGGAGUUCCCAGUUCUCUGAAGUCUUCUGGGAGCAGGGCUGUCUCCCAUUCCCAGAAAUAGGAAAAUGCCUCCCUUAUAGCUUCAGACCUUUUUUUAAAAAAAUCUGUCCUUAUUUUUAGUGGGCAGGGUCUUUUUGCAUGAUUCAAAUUCUAUGGCUGGGCAGAAGGCAAGUCUGGAUCUACUAGUAGAUCCAUGGGUAAUUUGCAGUAGAUCCACAUGAUGUUUCUGACUCCCAGAAGUCUCUCUCCCACACAUACAUCCCUGAGUGAUGUUGCACCUGACUCCUGUCAGUGGAUCUCAAGGUUCUAUUAAACAGAGUAGAUCCUGAGGGUGUGACUCAGCUAAUGAAUCCUGUCAGCAGACGCCUUGUGUGGUGACUUUUCACAACAGAGCUUUCCACCCCUUCUCCUCCUUCUGAAACUGAGGGAAGGGGUGUCGAGAUUUUCCCCAGAUCAGCUUGUGACAUGGGAGAGGGGGAAUAGUUUCAUCUGAGAAACCAAAAUCCUUGUUCUGACAGGAUGAUCAGAAGACUGUGGCAUUGAAUUGCCCGCCCAAAAGCCUGAAGUCCGCCCGCCCCUGCUGCGGGGAACCUCAGGUCUCCAUGGUCUUACUGAAGUUGAGGAGAUGUGGCUGUAACUCCUUCUUGUGAGUCGGAGCUUACUUGUUUCUUGACUCCUUUACUCCCCAGUACUUGCGAAGAGGAACAUUUGAAGAGGAAAUGCUGCUCUGGAGGCGCUUCCUGGACAACAAAGUCCUGCUCUCUUGUGGCAAAGCUUUUGAGUGCAGUGAGCCUGGCUGGUUCCGCAUCAUCUUUUCGGACAAGAUACAUCGGCUGCAGCUAGGUCAGUGUUGCCCUUCUCCUAUCUUCUCUCCCAGCUGGCGACCCAGCAUGCCAAACCCACCAGUAAGAUACUGUGGCCGAUAGCUCAGACCUGUUAGUUGGUUCUCUUGAACUGUCAGUCACCACUUGGUUGCUUCAGGACCAUAGCUCUCCAUCCGAAUCCAGCUUUUGUUCCAACUGGUGAGUUUCUCUCUCUCCUGCCCCCCCUCUUGUCUUUCUCUCCCUUUUCUCCAGGCAUGCAGAGGGUCCGUGAGGUUCUGGAAGAACACGAGCAUGGAAUCCUGAAUGAAGGUAAAGACCAGCCUUGUGAGUCUGACUCGGAAGGCAAAGCGGACAGCGCAGACGAAGUGAUAUUUGUGUCCCACCAUCAGGAGCCAGCCUCAGCUGGCAGCUCCAACCUCGGCGAUCUCAUUGGCCUCCUGCAGCAGCAAAUGCGCUCGUCUGACUGGCUGCAGAAGAAUACCGUGGAACAGUUUGCCCAGGAGAAACCAGAGGUCUAUGAUGUUUUCCGCAAGUUGGUGGGGAAGCAGUAGACGGUUCUGGUGCCCUUCCACAUGGAUUGCCGCUGGAAGUUCUUGCUGCUCAGCUUUGACUUACCUAAUGAUAUAUUUUCCAUAUAGCCAGAAGCCGUUUGUAAACCUCCUUCCUGUGGGCAUCUUCUCAUCAUUCUAUUAAACUGGGGCCAACUACAGAUGGGUGGCUUUUAUUCUGUCUCCACCCUUUGCGUUACAGUUUUAAAAUUUUUGUUUCUAUUUACCAAGCUCAUGCUCUCUUGUGCAGAUGGAGAGAGAGAUUUUAUCUUCGUUUGUACUGCUUCUGGUUCAUCUUCACUGGUUUUCAAUUUUUACCUCUG